UCCUGCAGAAACACACUUAUUGCGCGCUGAGACUCAGUCACGCACAUGUAAAAAAUGAAGUCCAUGUUUUUGUUCUUCUUCAUCAUUUGGUUUGCAGAUGCAGAGCUGAAACCCCGGAAAGGACCCGGGGUGGUUUGUACUUUCAAAGACAAGUCAUACAGCCCUGGAGACAGCUGGCAUCCCUAUCUGGAGCCUUUCGGAUUCAUGUUCUGCAUGCGCUGUGUCUGCACAGAGACAGGCCAUGUGAAAUGUAACACAAUCAAGUGUCCUGCUCUGUCAUGUGAAAAUCCAGUAGCUGAGCCUCAGCAGUGUUGUCCGAGAUGCACAGAUGAGCCCAGGAUCCCUGCAGGUCUGAGAGCUUCGGUGAAAUCCUGCAGGUAUAAUGGAAGUGUGUAUCAGCCAGGAGAGACCUUCACAAAGCUUGACCUCUUCCCAUCCAAGCAAAGCAAUCAGUGUGUUAUGUGCACGUGCUCUAAUGGAAACAUCUUCUGCGGACUGAAAACCUGCCAACCAAUCACCUGCUCCUCUCCAGUGUCAGUCCCAGAUACCUGCUGUUUGGUGUGUAAAGAUCAUGGCAACAGUGGGUCCUCAUCAACCGAGGAUGGAAACCAGCAGCUGAACCGAGGCGUUAGGCAUUCAGUCGACCAGUGUUCCGGAGAGCAGAGCAGGGCGCGGUCCGACCGUGCCACUCCACCCAGGGUCAGGACUUCUCCCAGAGGCCUGAGCCUCAGUAAACUUAACCUCAAAGGGGCUUCAGAGACCACUGUGAAGAUUCUGUUGCAGAGGAAACACCAAAGAGCGUGUUUAUACAAUGGCAAGACGUACUCUCAUGGAGACAUGUGGCACCCAGUUUUGGGGAAGGUCCUGGAAUGCAUCCUGUGCACUUGUACUGAUGGCCUCCAGGACUGCAAACGCAUCACGUGUCCCAGCCAGUACCCAUGCCAACAUCCUAUGAAAUCAGCAGGAAAGUGCUGCAAGACAUGUCCAGAAAGUAAAGCUGAGAGUAACCAGACCCAGUGUUUUCUUGGGUAUAAAAAUAACCUCUUGGUGUAUAAGGUCGACUCAUCUUUGAAAGUCGACCCACCCAACACAGUCAGAAUCAUUGCUGUUGAAAGACAAAGUACUGCUGAGGUUGAAGUGCAAGUAUGGAAGACUGUAGAAGGUGUUUUACAAUUAAUGGAAAUCGGUGACGUUCAAAGAAAAGAUAUCGUGGAUCAUCCUGAAAAUUACACGUUACUUACAACACUCGAUGAAGAGACGUGGAGAAAAUUUAAAGAGGAGGGCGAAAACCUGAGCACAGCUUCUCAGACCACAAUCUGUGAAGACGGCAUUCGGGAGAUGGUGACGUUCCUAAAUCCCAAGCAGAUAGAGGACCUGUGUUCACCCUGAUGGUUUUUGCCCCCGUGACCCUCUUUAUACAUAUUUUAUUCCAGUAAAUACAUGGUUAAAAUACAGUACAUACCUUUUUCAUACAUGUUGCACUUAAAUGUCCUGCAUCAUUCCUGUAAUACAAAUGGAAUCUCUCAUUUAUAAUAUUGUCUAUUGAUUGAUGCUUUGUUGUUCGUCAUGUUUUAAUCAUCACAUAUUUUUGUAUGUAAAUUAUUAGAGGCCAUAGCAGUGUUUGAUAACUGUCCGUUCUGUUUUCUGUCAUGAUUCAGACAUUUUUAGAUUGGGUGGAUUUAGGUUAAUGUAGAUGUGCAGUAUAGAGUCCAGAGCUGAGAGCUGAAGAUUGGGUUGAGACUUUGAUGACUCAGUGAUGUUGAGGACAUUUUGGGGUCUCAAUCAAACCCUUUGCUUUAACCACAUGAGAAUAAUCUGUGUGUAGAUUAUGUUGGGCAGGGGGCCACGCUUUGUUAGAAUGUAAAGGUUUUUUUGAGGAUGUUAUAUGAUCAUCGACAUAUUUAUUGUAAAUACAAACUCUUGUUUGUCACUUUAUUUAAAGCAUAUUGGUUCUUGUAUGAUUUUUGUGUACAUACAUUUGACUGUCUGAAUGUUUAUUGUUAGCAUGCCAGUGAAUACACAGCUGGGUAUUUGUUAAUAAGAAAACUGCCUUCCUAAUUUCUCUGGUGUCAAAAAUAGACCUACUGUAGCUAUUUUUACGCAGCCACAGGAUUUGGUUUGUUAUCAUAGCCUAAUGACAUUCUACUACUCCACAUACCUGAAAUAUUUGUAUUUUAAAGUGGUCGUGUAGCUGAAUGCACUCAGUACCUCUGCUCAGUUUUAACCCAUAAAGUUU